ACUCCCUCUGCCAGAAGCCGGGGAAGGCUGCCGCUUCCUCAUUUCUGUUACUGGAAGUUUGGAGAUGUGAAGCAAGACGGGGAAGCAUGCGCGCGGUGCCGAGCCGUGGUUUUUGGCACGUCCUCAUAGACUCCGAUGAGCCCAUGACGGCCUUCCCGAGGGACCAGUGCUGACACCUUGCCCCAGCCCGUGUCACUGUUCAUCCUGAUACCAUUUCCAAUCUCAGUACCUAAAUGCCACAGUGCUCUUGGGGCACGCUGGGCUGGGAAUCACUGUUGCCUUGGAAGACCAUAAAACCAUGGGAAACGCAGAAAGUCAAAAUGUAGAGCAUGAGUUUUAUGGAGAAAAGCAUGCCAGCCUGGGCCGCAAGCACACGUCGCGCUCCCUGCGCCUGUCCCACAAGGCGCGGCGGACGAGGCACACGUCCUCGGGGAAGGUGACCCACAGGAACUCCGAGGUGAGCACGCGCUCCAGCAGCACGCCCAGCAUCCCGCAGUCCCUGGCCGAAAACGGCCUGGAGCCCUUCUCCCCAGAAGGCACCCUCGAUGACUUCGGGAGCCCCAUCUGGGUGGACCGAGUGGAUAUGGGGCUGCGACCCGUGUCGUACACCGACUCUUCCGUCACUCCCAGCGUAGACAGCAGCAUCGUCCUCACAGCCGCCUCGGUGCAAAGCAUGCCGGACUCGGAGGAGAGCAGGCUCUAUGGGGGUGACGCACCCUACUUGGCUGACGGGGGCAGGAGGCAGCGUCCCUAUACGUCCAAUGGGCCUGCUUUCAUGGAGACGGCGAGCUUUAAGAAGAAACGCUCCAAAUCUGCAGACAUCUGGCGGGAGGACAGCCUGGAGUUCUCACUCUCCGAUCUGAGCCAAGAACAUUUAACAAGCAACGAGGAAAUCUUGGGUUCCACCGAAGAGAAGGACUGCGAGGAGGCUCGGGGGACCGAACCCCGGGCGAGUCCGCGGCGGCUCAGCGCCUGUCAGCGUGCCAAUUCCCUGGGUGACUUGUAUGCUCAGAAAAACUCUGGGGUGACGGCGAACGGGGGGCCAAGGAGCAAAUUUGCAGGCUACUGUCGGAACCUGGUGUCUGAUAUUCCCGAUCUCGCAGACCAUAAGAUGCCACCAGCUGCCGCUGAGGAGUCCGUUCCGUACAGUAAUUACAACACGCUCCCCUGUAGGAAGUCUCACUGUCUUUCCGAAGGUGCCACCAACCCACAAAUUAGCCAUAGCAACAGCAUGCAAGGCAGAAGAGCAAAAACAACUCAGGAUGUUAAUGCCGGCGAGGGCAGUGAGUUUGCGGACAGCGGGAUCGAAGGGGCCACCACCGACACGGACCUCCUGUCCCGGCGAUCCAAUGCCACGAACUCCAGCUACUCGCCCCCUGCCGGCCGCGCCUUUGUGGGCAGCGACAGCGGCAGCAGCUCCACCGGGGACGCGGCCCGCCAGGGGGUGUAUGAGAAUUUCCGACGGGAGCUGGAGAUGAGCACCACCAACAGCGAGAGCCUGGAGGAGGCCGGCUCAGCGCACAGCGACGAGCAGAGCAGCGGCACCCUGAGCUCCCCGGGCCAGUCGGACAUCCUGCUCACGGCUGCGCAGGGCACCGUGCGCAAGGCCGGGGCGCUGGCCGUCAAGAACUUCCUGGUGCACAAGAAGAACAAGAAGGUGGAGUCGGCCACCCGGAGGAAGUGGAAGCACUACUGGGUGUCCUUGAAAGGGUGCACACUCUUCUUCUAUGAGAGCGAUGGCCGGUCUGGAAUAGACCACAACAGCAUCCCCAAGCAUGCUGUGUGGGUGGAGAACAGCAUCGUGCAGGCCGUGCCUGAACACCCCAAGAAGGACUUCGUCUUCUGCCUCAGCAAUUCGCUGGGGGAUGCCUUCCUCUUCCAGACCACCAGCCAGACGGAGCUGGAAAACUGGAUCACCGCCAUCCACUCUGCCUGUGCAGCUGCCAUGGCGAGGCACCACCACAAAGAAGACACGCUCCGGCUCCUGAAGUCGGAGAUCAAAAAACUGGAGCAGAAGAUUGAUAUGGAUGAGAAGAUGAAGAAAAUGGGCGAGAUGCAGCUGUCUUCAGUCACGGAUUCAAAGAAGAAGAAGACUAUAUUAGAUCAGAUCUUCGUUUGGGAGCAGAAUCUUGAGCAGUUCCAAAUGGACCUAUUUCGUUACCGCUGUUAUUUAGCUAGCCUCCAAGGUGGGGAGCUGCCAAACCCCAAAAGGCUACUUGCUUUUGCAAGCCGACCAACGAAAGUGGCGAUGGGCCGCCUUGGGAUCUUCUCUGUAUCAUCCUUUCAUGCCCUGGUGGCCGCGCGCACCGGCGAGACGGGAGUGAGACGUCGUACUCAGCCCAUGUCCAGAUCCGCGAGCAAGCGAAGGAGCAGGUUUUCUUCUCUUUGGGGUCUGGACACUACCUCCAAAAAGAAGCAGGGACGCCCCAGCAUCAAUCAGGUGUUUGGCGAGGGAAGUGAUGCUGUAAAGAAAUCUUUAGAGGGAAUAUUCCAUGACACGGAUCCAGAUGGCAAGAGGGACAAGGAGAUGGUCUUGCCCAGCGUCCACCAGCACAAUCCCGACUGUGACAUUUGGGUCCACGAGUAUUUCACGCCAUCGUGGUUCUGUCUGCCAAAUAAUCAGCCAGCCCUGACGGUCGUCCGGCCUGGGGACACCGCGCGGGACACCCUGGAGCUGAUCUGCAAGACCCAUCAGCUGGAUCACUCCGCUCAUUACCUGCGUCUGAAAUUUCUAAUAGAAAACAAAAUGCAACACUACAUUCCAAAGCCCGAGGAGGACAUUUAUGAGCUGCUGUACAAAGAAAUUGAAAUUUGUCCAAAAGUCACUCAGAACAUCCAGAUUGAGAAGUCAGAUACAGCCAGUGAUAAUUAUGGUAUAAACCAGGGCCCACGUGAUCACCUGGUGCUCACUGUUGAGGACGGGAGCCUGUUUGCACCAGCACCUGGGUCCGUGGGGCCCCCGACAGGCCUGAAAGCGGGAGAUGAGAUUCUCGAGAUCAAUAACCGUGCUGCAGGCACCCUGAACUCCUCCGUGCUCAGAGACUUCCUCACGCAGCCGUCGCUGGGCCUCCUGGUGAGGACCUGCCCGGAGCUGGACCGGGGCGUGGAGCUGCUGGCCUGCCCGCCCCACCGAGCCGACUGCCCCGGGGAUCUGAGCGACAGCCCCCUGGCCUUCCUCGGCAGCAACCCAGGGCAGGGCCUCUGCGGCGAGCAGGGCGGGGGUGCCGAGCCCUCUCCGGAGGAGACCGAAGGGCCGGACUUGGAAUCCUCAGAUGAAACGGAUCACAGCAGCAAGAGCACAGAACAGGUGGCCGCGUUUUGCCGCAGUCUGCAUGAGAUGAACCUCUGUGACCCGAGCCCGUCGCCUCAGGACCCCACCGGGCCCCAGCUGGCCACCAUGAGGCAGCUCACGGACGCCGACAAGCUGCGCAAGGUCAUCUGUGAGCUCCUGGAGACGGAGCGCACCUACGUGAAAGACUUAAACUGUCUCAUGGAGAGAUACCUAAAACCUCUUCAAAAGGAAACUUUCCUCACCCAAGAUGAGCUGGAUGUGCUCUUUGGAAAUCUCACCGAAAUGGUAGAGUUUCAAGUAGAAUUUCUGAAAACUCUGGAAGAUGGAGUAAGACUGGUACCUGAUUUGGAGAAGCUUGAGAGAGUCGAUCAAUUUAAGAAAGUGCUGUUCUCUCUGGGGGGAUCCUUUCUGUAUUAUGCUGACCGCUUCAAGCUCUACAGUGCCUUCUGCGCCAGCCACACGAAGGUCCCCAAGGUCCUGGUGAAAGCCAAGACGGACACGGCAUUCAAGGCGUUCCUAGAUGCCCAGAACCCGAAACAGCAGCACUCCGCCACGCUUGAGUCUUACCUCAUCAAGCCCAUCCAGAGGAUCCUCAAGUACCCGCUGCUGCUGAAGGAGCUCUUCGCCCUGACAGACGCCGAGAGCGAGGAGCACUACCAUCUGGACGUGGCCAUCAAGACCAUGAACAAGGUUGCAAGUCACAUCAAUGAAAUGCAGAAGAUUCAUGAAGAAUUCGGGGCUGUGUUUGACCAACUCAUUGCCGAACAGACCGGAGAGAAAAAAGAGGUUGCAGAUCUGAGCAUGGGGGACCUGCUUUUGCACACCACCGUGAUCUGGCCAAACCCGCCAGCUUCCUUGGGAAAGUGGAAAAAGGAGCCAGAAUUGGCAGCGUUUGUCUUCAAAACUGCUGUGGUCCUUGUGUAUAAAGAUGGCUCCAAGCAGAAGAAGAAACUUGUAGGAUCUCACAGGCUUUCGAUUUAUGAGGACUGGGACCCCUUCCGGUUUCGGCACAUGAUCCCCACCGAAGCUCUGCAGGUGCGAGCGCUGGCAAGCGCAGACGCAGAAGCAAAUGCCGUGUGUGAAAUAGUCCACGUAAAGUCUGAGUCCGAAGGGAGGCCGGAGAGGGUCUUCCACCUGUGCUGCAGCUCUCCAGAGAGCCGGAAAGAUUUCCUGAAGGCUGUGCAUUCAAUCCUGCGUGAUAAGCACAGAAGACAGCUCCUCAAAACGGAAAGCCUUCCCUCAUCCCAGCACUAUGUACCUUUUGGAGGAAAAAGAUUGUGUGCGCUCAAAGGGGCCAGGCCAGCCAUGAGCAGGGCAGUGUCCGCCCCAAGCAAGUCUCUUGGCAGAAGGAGGCGGCGCCUGGCUCGAAACAGGUUUACCAUCGACUCUGAUGCCAUCUCGGCCAGCAGCCCGGAGAAAGAGUCCCAGCAGCCCCCCGGCGGCGGGGACACUGACCGAUGGGUAGAGGAACAGUUUGACCUUGCGCAGUACGAGGAGCAAGACGACAUCAAGGAGACGGACAUCCUCAGUGACGAUGACCAGUUCUGUGAGGCCGUGGAGGGGGCCGCGGUGGACACAGGCCUGCGGGAGCAGCUCCAGGCUGCGUCCAUCAGUCAGCGCGAGCGAGGCCGCAAAGCCCUGGACAGUCACGCGUCCCGCAUGACGCAGCUCAAGAAGCAAGCCGCCUUGUCGGGCAGCAGCGGAGGCCUGGAGGGCCCGGGCGAGGAAGUCAUCUGGGUCAGGCGCGAAGACUUCGCCCCCUCCAGGAAACUGAACACUGAGAUCUGACUGUCACUUUCCCCCUAGAGGGUGUGUGUAGGUACUCCCCCGCCCCCGGCGCCCUGCCCUCCCUCUGCCCCCCUCCUGUCCCCUCCAGGAGGAGAAUGUCCCCCUCGGUGGCACUCUUGCACACACGGUUUUGGUGGCUUGACUCUGUUCCCAAGCCAUGUAGCCACCCACCUUCAUCAUCUCUCACGACAUCGGAAAGAAUUGUUCAGAAUCCCAAGUAAGCUCGAGUCCUAUCUUCUGUAUAUUUCUAAGGGCUUUUAUUUAUUCUCAACUAAUCAGGGCCGGAAGAAUUAAAAAAAAUUAAAAAAAAAUGGAUUCUAUAGCACUGGAAAGAGAAUUACCCCAGCGUUUAAGUAUGUUGCAGCAGAUUAGUUGAAGGGAUAGCACAAAAAACAAUGAUAAUAAAAGUCACUCUAUCUGAAAUCAGUCCAGGAGCAUCUCUUAGUUGGGGAAACCAACUUCAAACACAAAACACAACAACGCAAGUGUAUAGUUUACAAUGUUCUUACUCCUUCCCCUCUUAAAUGUCUGAGAAUAUCUGUGUAUUGUAAGAAUGUGUGAGGAGACGGUGGGGAUGUAUGUUUUGAUGAGCUGGGGUUUUUGUGUUUUUUGGGUUUUUCUUGGUUUUUCUACUCUCUCUCUCUCUUUUGUUUCAGUCCAUGGCUGGUCUUACUCAAUGUCCGUGUUCAGAAUUACUAGUUUUGCAUAGAAUUAUAAAGACGCCAAACUCUUUGAGAAGAGAUCCAAAUUUAUCACUUGAAGAAAAAAAGACACUAUUUUUUGUAUUUUACUUGAGAUACAGAGGCACAAACAGAUAAGAAUUUUACAGUGUUAGUGUAACUCUGAGUCUAAAAAAAAAUGAGGAUUUUACCUUUUACAGAGAGAGUGAAGCAUGGUGAUUUUAUAUUUAUAUAUGAAAGGCCAACAAGAUGCUUAGGAGAAACUUUUAAAGGAACAGAUUGCUUUUUUUUUCUUUUCUUUCUUUCUUUUUUUAAUGUUUGAAUCUCUAUUCGAGAUGGGAGCUUGGCUGGAUUAAACCUGAUACCCGAAUGGGCAGUGUGUUAGGUCUGUUGCACGUGGCGGGGGAGGGAGGCUCCUUCUCAAGGGGUUGCCAUGGUGAUCAUUGGUUUUCCCAUCCAAGUUGCAUCUUCAUCCAUAGAUUACCUAUCCCUUCCCUGAAGGUCCACACCAAACCCCUUAACAAAACCGCCUCUUCUAAAACCUGUCUUGUGUUGAAUACUUUCUACAUGCCAACGAAACAGGGUAAACAUGCUAAAAAUCUAACGUUCAAAACAGGUUUCCAAAUAGGAAGAACAAAACCAAGUUAAAGCACUUUCGAUUCUUUUAAAACGGUUUAUAGCUUUUUUUUCCCCCCCUCCCAUUUCACAAUGUCCACUUCCUAAGAAGCGUUUAAAUAAUAUGAAAACUUUCUUUUUGGGGAAAAUAUCUAUCUGGUGUUUGACACAUCAGUAGGUACUUUAAAGACCUGAAUUUUAUAGUAGCUUUAGGAAUUAUAUUUUAUAAAAAUCAGUUAUGACUUUAUAUUUCCAGACAAUAGAGAGUUCAGAACAUCAUGCUCGUGCGCCCCUGCUUGCUUCACCCGCUUUCUCACCCUCUGUCCCUCCCCUUUCGGGUUUCCAGGGCUCUGAGCUUGAUCUUUUGAAAGUUUUAUUCUAUUAAAUUUUUGCUAUAUCUUCUGAUUUUCUUAAAAAGCUUUAGAAUGGUUUCUAUACCCUUUGUACCACUGCAUUGUUCCGUAUCACCUCUAGUUCGAUUGUGUCCAGAUGGAAAACGGAAGCAGAGGCUUCUCAUAGUCACACUUACUAGUCCCAGUGCAGCGGUUCUGUCUGAAGAUGCUAGAAAGUCUGGUGCUUAGAGAGGAUGCCAUUGUCUCUUGUACAUAAGGUCAUGACGUGUCUAUGUCAGAAGUUCUUAUAUAUUUCUUUUAUAAGCUGAAAGAAGGUCUAUUUUUAUGUUUUUAGGUCUAUGAAUGGAACGUUGUAAAUGCCUGUCAAACAAUAAAAAAUACUGAAAAAUA